UAACCGUUUGUUCUUUCUAAUAAAGUUAUGUGAAAAGGGGCGGCGCCUCGUACACAGAACACCAUACUUGCCCUGCUUGACAGACGCCGGUGUUAGUUGGCAACAUGGCGGCACUGAGUGCGGCGGCUUCGCGGCUCCUGGCACGGAGGUUGUUGUCCGGCACUGGCAGUAAGAAAUGUGCAGCAGCGUCUCCUGCAGUAUCUAGGACUUUCCACUUCACUGUGUAUGGAAAGAAGUCUGCAUCUGCCAAAGUGUCCGAUUCGAUUUCUACACAAUACCCUGUAGUGGACCAUGAGUUUGAUGCAGUUGUGGUGGGAGCUGGUGGUGCAGGAUUAAGAGCAGCAUUUGGCUUAUCUGAAGCAGGCUUCAAUACAGCAUGUAUUACAAAGCUAUUUCCUACAAGAUCUCACACAGUGGCAGCGCAGGGUGGUAUAAAUGCAGCUUUGGGUAACAUGGAAGAUGAUGACUGGAGGUGGCACUUCUAUGACACAGUGAAAGGAUCUGAUUGGUUGGGUGAUCAAGAUGCCAUCCAUUAUAUGACAGAACAAGCACCGGCUUCAGUUGUUGAGCUUGAAAACUACGGAAUGCCUUUCAGCAGAACAGAACAAGGGAAGAUCUACCAGCGUGCUUUUGGAGGGCAAAGCCUGAAGUAUGGUAAAGGAGGACAGGCUCAUCGCUGCUGCUGUGUAGCAGACAGGACUGGACAUUCAUUGCUACACACUUUGUAUGGAAGGUCUCUCAGAUACGACACUAGUUAUUUUGUAGAAUAUUUUGCCUUGGACCUUUUAAUGGAAAAUGGAGAAUGCCGUGGUGUUAUUGCAUUGUGUAUGGAAGAUGGAUCCAUACACCGCUUUAAGGCUAAGAACACAGUCAUAGCUACAGGGUAAGAUAUUUAUUUCUAAUGA